UUCCAGACUGCCAACUUUGGCUCUAACCCGGAAAAAGAUUUUGAUCGUCUAAAGCAAUUACAACCAAACAAACCAGCGAUGGCCAUGGAGUAUUGGGGUGGCUGGUUCGAUCACUGGUCCGAAAAACACCACACAAGAAAAAAUUCGGACUUCAACAACGUCCUCGAGAGGAUUCUGCGGUAUCCCGCCUCUUUCAACAUCUACAUGUUUAUAGGUGGCACAAACUGGGGCUUUCUUAACGGAGCUAAUAUUGCCGAUGGUAGUGUUAACAAUAAGGGUUAUCAACCGGAUACAACAAGCUAUGACUACGAUGCGCCCUUAACCGAAGCCGGCGAUUAUACGGAAAAAUAUAUAAUGGUUAAGGAACUUAUAAAAAAAUUCAGCAAAGUGAAUCUUAAUACCCCACAAGCUCCUUCAAUUACCUUAAAAAUUGCGUACCCCACCAUUAACGUAACGGGACAGUUAAAACUGAAGGAAAUUAUUGACAGGGUACCAGAGAAGUUUGAGUCUCCAACCCCGAUUUCCAUGGAACAUCUUCCGAUGAAUAACGGGGCAGGUCAAAGCUACGGGUACAUUACUUAUAAGAAGGAGAAUUUACACAUACCAGCAAAUUCGGUCCUUACCAUUGAAGGGCACGUGUGUGAUACUGUAAUGGUUUUGGUAAAUGGUAUGCUUGUUUCCAAACCGUUAAGAAGUGCGGUCGAUUUGAACGGUUUUGGGUACUGGAGAAUUGCUAACGGAAAGCUCCAUUUAGGAGUUGAAGAUGUGCAUAACGCAACUUUAGAGUUAGUAGUCGAAAAUUGGGGGCGAAAUAAUUUUGGGUACUUAGAACAAUUUAAUCAGUACAAGGGAAUAUGGCAGGGAGGCAUUUUAUUAAACAACGAUAAGUUAUUAAAUUGGCAAAUCAUUCCCAUGGAAUUCAAAAGGAAGUGGAAUGACAACUUAACAGGAUGGCACGUUCCUGAAGCUUUAUGGUUGGCAGGCCCUUCUAUGUAUAGGGCGAUGUUCGUGGUAAACGAACUCGCCGAUACAUUCAUAGACAUGAGGAAGUGGGGCAAGGGAAUUGUGAUCGUAAAUGGUUUUGUUUUAGGGCGAUAUGCAUCAAUGCUGGGUCCACAACAAACCUUGUAUUUGCCGGCGCCUUUAUUACGAAAAGGAACGAAUAGUAUAAUCGUAUUUGAACAUUUUACGGCGAGCGAAGAAAUCGUUUUCUCCAGCCAACCAAUAUUUUAUACUCCUGCGAUUAAUGGAGAUGUGCCGACUGUGAUAAAACAAAAUUAACUAUAUAUAAUCUGUAACAACACAAAAAGAUGGCAUUAAAAAUACAUUUUUAUUAUAACCCAAAAUCUUAUUAUGUACCUUAAAUAUAAACUAAAAAUUUUUA